UGGGCUGAUCCAGGCGGGAAGAGGUUAAAUUUCUUCUCUGGGAAACAUUGUCGGGUCUAUGGAGGGGGUAGAAAGGCGCACAGGCAUUCCGCUUUUCCUUGAAUGAAACGCAGUGGAUAUGAAUCCGGAUUUCCCUCUUUACGCCUGAGCUUCGGGAUCUGCGACGCGCAAGAGGAGCGAUCCGAGUUACAGCAGAGGAGAAUCAGAAGAAAAAGUGAUGGAAAAGUUGGACUGACCUUCUGUCUGGAUCUGCUGGAUGAGGGAGGACAGGACUAACGCGCAAAGUUUCCGAUCUCAAGUGACAGAUUGAAAACUGGACUGAAAUGAUGUGACUGCAAGGAUAAGAGCUUUUACGCGUGGACUCCGGCGCGUUUAUUUCACCCACUUUUUCCAUUGGAUUUAUUGUUUUGUACUUUUCAUGCACCACACAAAGGAAGUAAAUAUUUUUCAAUGAGAUCGUCUUGGUUGGUUUUCACACGCACGGCUGCAACGGGAUGCGUUCAGAGAAAGGAUAAAGCUCCGGCACUUCUAAACUCACAUUUUCUACUUUAAACUCUUAAGCAUUCAGUACUGAAACUAGUCAUGUGUUGAAAAAUCCUCCUGUUUUUCCACAUUUCACUCCAUUAAAGAAAAAAAAAAAAAACGCUGUGCGCAAGCAAAGCAAGCCCUUCACAAACUGGACUGUGGUGAUAUUUGCCUUUUUGUGACUAACAAAACCUGGACUAUAUAUUUUCAGACUAAACCCUGUCAUCUUGUUUUGCAGUUUGACAUGAGGAAGCGGAUGCCUGAAUUAAUUUUUGAAUAAUUUGGAAUAAAUAAGACAUUUUCUUAUAAGAGAGGCGUUGAAUGAUGUCUCCAACUUCUAUUGGAUUUGUAUUUCUAGUAGGAAUUCUCCAUGUGUGCUCAGGAUCCCGUCUGCGUCAAGAGGACACCCCACCUCGGAUUGUGGAGCACCCGUCUGACCUGAUCGUAUCCAAAGGGGAGCCCGCCACUCUGAACUGUAAGGCAGAGGGGCGGCCGGUCCCGACAGUGGAGUGGUAUAAGGAUGGGGAGCGGGUGGAAACUGACCGGGACAAUCCCCGUUCCCAGCGCAUGCUACUGCCCAGCGGAUCCCUGUUCUUCCUACGCAUCGUCCAUGGACGACGGAGCAAACCCGACGAAGGUUCUUAUGUAUGUGUUGCCCGUAACUACCUGGGAGAGGCAGUGAGUCACAACGCAUCCCUGGAAGUUGCCAUACUGCGUGAUGACUUCAGACAGAACCCUGCAGAUGUGAUCGUGGCUGCAGGAGAGCCCGCCGUCCUGGAGUGUCAGCCUCCACGUGGACAUCCCGAACCCACCAUAUCCUGGAAAAAAGAUGGAAUAAACAUUGACGACCGUGACGACAGAAUAACUAUACGCGGAGGAAAGCUGAUGAUCACCAACGCCCGGAAGAGUGAUGCUGGGAAAUAUGUUUGUGUCGGUACAAACAUGGUUGGAGAACGGGAAAGUGAAAUAGCUGAACUUACAGUACUUGAGCGUCCCAGCUUUGUACGCCGUCCAGGCAGCCAGGUGGUGUUAGUGGACCAAAGCGUAGAGUUCAGGUGCGAGGCCCGCGGUGAUCCAGUUCCCACUGUGCGCUGGAGGAAAGAUGACGGUGACCUGCCCAAAGGAAGGUAUGAGAUUCGCGAGGAUCACACCCUUAAGAUUCGCCGGCUGACCUCCGCUGAUGUGGGCUCUUACACCUGCGUGGCAGAGAACAUGGUGGGCAAAGCGGAGGCCUCGGCAACGCUCACCGUCCACGUCGUGUCUGUGCCCCCAGCAUUUGUGGUGAGACCGAGAAACCAGGUGGUUGGAGUUGGCAGAACCGUCACCUUCCAGUGCGAGGCCACUGGAAACCCACAGCCAGCCAUUUUCUGGCAACGGGAAGGAAGUCAGAACCUGCUGUUCUCCUACCAACCUCCUCAACCUUCCAGCCGAUUCUCUGUAUCUCAGACGGGGGAUUUGACCAUCACUGAUGCUGAACGCUCAGACAUGGGGUACUACAGCUGCCAGGCUCUUAACAUUGCCGGUAGUGUCAUCACCAAGGCUCUGCUCGAGGUCACUGACGUUGUGUCAGACCGCCCGCCACCAGUUAUCCGUCAGGGCCCGACCAACCAGACGGUGGCUGUAGAUGGCACUGUCGUCCUCAACUGUGUGGCAACAGGUAAUCCCACUCCCACCAUCUUGUGGAGGAAAGAUGGAGUGUUGGUGUCCACUCAUGACUCCAGAGUUAAGCAGCUGGACACAGGCGCACUGCAAAUACGCUAUGCGAAGCUCGGGGACACUGGCACCUACACCUGCAUCGCCUCUACACCCAGUGGAGAGGCCUCAUGGAAAGCCUACCUUGAGGUUCAAGAGUUUGGAGUUCCUGUUCAGCCCAACAGACCUACUGACCCAAACUUGAUCCCCAGUGCCCCGUCCAAACCUGAGGUCACUGAUGUUACACGCACCUCUGUCACCCUUUCCUGGAAGCCUAACCUUAAUGCUGGAGCCACUCCCACCUCCUAUAUAAUAGAGGCCUUCAGUCAUGCAUCAGGGAGCAGCUGGCAGACCCUGGCAGAGCAUGUGAAAACUGAGUCAUUUGUACUGAAGGGCUUGAAGCCCAGUGCAGUCUACCUCUUCUUAGUGCGGGCAGCCAAUGCCUAUGGGCUGAGUGAUCCCAGUCUCAUCACUGACGCUGUGAAAACACAAGAUAUUCCUCCCACCAGUCAGGGUGUGGACCACCGGCAGAUUCAAAAGGAGCUAGGAGAGGUGGUCAUCCACCUACAUAACCCCACCAUCCUGUCAUCCUCCUCUGUCCGGGUGCAGUGGACGGUGGAGCAGCAGUCACAGUACAUUCAAGGCUACAAGGUGAUGUACAGGCCUUCACCUGAGGGGCUACAGAGGAGUGAUUGGGCUGUGUUUGAGGUUCGCACCCCCGGAGAGGACAGCGCCGUUGUACCACAGCUUCGGAAGGGAGUCACUUAUGAAUUCAAAGUCCGCCCCUUCUUCAAUGAAUUCCAAGGAACAGACAGUGAUGUCAAAAUUGGCAAGACACUGGAGGAAGCUCCCAGUGCCCCACCUCGUGAGGUUACAGUGACAGGGAGUGGGGACAAUGGGACCGGCAUCGUGGUCUCCUGGCAACCCCCUCCAGAGGAAGAGCAGAAUGGGGUGGUCCAGGAGUACAAGAUUUGGUGCUUGGGGAACGAGAGUAGGUACCACAUCAACCGUACAGUUGACGGCUCAACCUUUUCCGUGCUGAUACCCAGUCUGGCCCCAGGGAUCCGCUACAGCGUGGAGGUAGCCGCCAGCACUGGGGCGGGCCCCGGGGUCAAGAGCGAUGUCACCUACUUCCAGCUUGAUGCAUCUGGACGAAUGACAGAAAAUCCCAUGAAUUCCCAGAACCCCCUGUCCCAGCAGAUCUCAGAUGUGGUCAAGCAGCCGGCUUUUAUAGCGGGCAUCGGAGCCGCCUGUUGGAUCAUCCUCAUGGUCUUUAGCAUCUGGCUUUACAGACACAGAAAGAAAAGGAAUGGUCUCUCCAGCAGCUAUGCAGGCAUACGCAAAGUGCCAUCCUUUACCUUCACACCCACAGUGGCGUAUCAGAGAGGUGGAGAAGGUGUAAGCAGCGCUGGAAGGCCCGGUUUACUAAACAUCGGGGAAUCUGCCACUCAGCCUUGGCUGGCCGACACAUGGCCCAACUCCUGCUCCAACCACAAUGACUGCAGCAUCAACUGCUGCACUGCAGGCAAUGGCAACAGUGACAGCAACCUGGCAACAUACAGCCGCCCAGCCGACUGCAUCGCCAAUUAUAACAACCAGAUGGAUAACAAGCAGACCAACCUCAUGGUGCCAGAGUCAGGGGUUUAUGGAGAUGUGGACUUAUCCAACAAGAUCAAUGAAAUGAAGACCUUCAACAGCCCCAAUCUGAAAGACGGACGCUUUGUCGGUCCAGGCGGCCAGCCGACACCUUACGCCACCACUCAGCUCAUCCAGUCCUCGAUCAUGGGAAACAACAUGAAUUCGGACAGAGGGACUGGAGGGAGCGGAGGAGGCCUUGGGGGUGGAGGGGACCUGAAUGAGAAGCACUGCUGGAAGCCCACCUCAGUCCAGCAGCAGAAACAGGAAAUGGGCUCCCAGCUGCAGUACAACAUCAUGGAGCAAAACAAGCUUAACAAGGACCGCUACAGAGGAGGUGACAGCCCAAUGCCAGCCACCAUCCCCUACAACCAAACUCAUGACACUCACACCGGGGGCUCAUACAACAGCUCUGACCGAGGCAGCAGUAGCACCUCAGGGAGUCAGGGUCAGAAGAAGGGCAUGCGCACCCCAAAACUACCCAAACAGAGCACAAUGAAUUGGGCUGACCUUUUGCCCCCUCCUCCUGCAAAUCCACCCCCAAGUCGGACUGCAGAAGAGUAUUCUAUAGCAAUGGAAGAAAGCUGUGACCCCGACAUGCAGUGCCCCAUGCCCCCCUCUCACAUGUACCUGCAGCCUGAUGAGCUGGAGGAGGAGGAGGAGAUGGAGAGGGGGCCCACACCUCCUAUCCGGGGGGCAGCCUCCUCGCCUGCUGCUGUAUCUUACAGUCAUCAGUCCACAGCUACCUUAACACCUUCACCCCAGGAGGAGAUGCAACCAAUGCUCCAGGAUGCACCUGACAGCCAUGAACGCAGGCGCCACGGUGUGAGUCCCCCACCCCCUCCGAGACCCCUCUCUCCACACACAUAUGGAUACAUCACCAGCCCGCUGGCCUUGGACACUGACGGCAUGGAGGAGGAGGAGGAGAUACUGGAGGAAGAGGAAGGUGAUGAAACAGAUGCAGAGGUGGCCAAGAUGCACUACCACCACACCCACCCCCACACACACCCUCACCACCCCCAAAUGCACCCACGAAGGUUGCUGCUGCGAGGUCUAGAACAGACACCUGCAUCCAGCAUGGGCGACCUGGAGAGCUCGGUGACUGGCUCCAUGAUCAAUGGCUGGGGGUCGGCCUCUGAAGAGGAUAAUGUCUCUUCAGGGAGGUCCAGCGCUGUCAGCUCAUCAGAUGGAUCCUUCUUCACUGAUGCUGAUUUUGCUCAAGCUGUUGCAGCUGCUGCAGAAUAUUCAGGCCUCAGGGUGGCCAAAUACCCCAACACACAAGCCCAGGAAGUAGGAGGAGCUUCAGCACGAAAAUACCAAAUAAACCCAUCAGGCCACCGUCCUGGGAGCCCAGUGUCAACAGACAGUAACAUGAGUAUGGCAGCUGUACACAGGAGGCCUCCUAAGAAGCAGAAACAGCAUACUGCAGGGCAUCCAGGGAACCAGCGACGUGAGGCCUAUAAUGAAGAUCUCCCACCUCCGCCUAUUCCACCUCCAGCAGUGCUCAAGUCACCUACACACCCCUCCAAGGCAGCAAUGGAGGGUCGGGGAGUCAUUUCCCCCAAGGCGGGUGAAGGUCGAGACAAGAGAGGUGGAACAGGGAGCUAUCGGCCCAGAGACGGCUCCGAUACCAGAACCAGCUCAUCUGAACGUAAAGAUGCUCAGGAGAGACAAAUGAGUUCUCACGGAGGAAAAGGGAAUAAAUAUGAGGGUAGCACAGCCAACAAAGCACGCCAGCACCCAGGUUCAGAAGACAUUCUGCCCUAUAGCCGGCCACAGUUCCCCACAGUCAACAGCCCUCGAGACCCAAGCUCCUCCAGCUCCAUGUCCUCCAGAGGCUCAGGGGGCCGGCGGAGAGAAGGAGGUCCAGGGGGCCGCAGGAACCCUGCAGACAUGGGCCUCAUCACCACGGGGGCCUUUCAACCAGGAGAUGAAGAACUUGAGAUGGUAGAAAGCUGAAGACCGGAGAGGAGAGACUGUUCUGAUUUUCCAAGAGUGGAGCACCAUUGUUUCUCUUACAGUUUUAAAUAUCUCAGUAUUUCACUAUCAUGUUGGCUGCCAUCAUACUGUACAUCAGUAGUGUUUCUUUACAUCUCAAAAACAGACCAAUGUUUUUUUCUAACUUAUCAUUUUCUAUGUCCAUUUAAAAAAAA